CAAAGCCAGAGUAGAAACAUAAUUAUAUCAGUGGUUCAAUCUUGCUUGGUUGCCGAAUCAAGGCUGUCUGGUGCCAUGCUUUUGCAGCUUUUGGAUCGAUAGUGUGAGAAGUAGCAGCACAGGCACACUGGGACAAAUUUCACCCGCAAUAGCGAGGGUUGUUUGCGCUUUUUGUCCGGCCAUGGAUCACAUUGAAUUCAAAGUCCCUGCUGGGUGCUACACAGAAGCUUCUGUGAAGGAACUGAGAGCCUUCCUCAGCUGCACGCAUCGGAAGAUCGGCGAAGGAUCUCUUCUGUGGCGCGUGAGGCUUCAGUUGGCCGACAUGAAAGAGGAAUUUCAACGAAAGAUGAGCGACUUUGACCGAAAGAAAGCCAUGGAUAUGCGAACGCUCAGCAAGGACUUUGAGAAGAAGGUGGAGAUUGAGGCAGCGAAGCUUCGAGCGAGAACCAAGGACCAGUUGGAUUCCACGACCAAGCGGACCAUCAUGGAAAAUGAACAAAUGGUGGGCCGACAGCUGGAGGUUGUGGCAGUGCUUGAGAAGUUUGGGGCUUAUGGCAUUCGGCUGGUGAAGAAAUACACCAGUGUGGCCGUGGUGGCGGCAUUUCUGAUGCAAAAGGAGAAGAUCUCCCUGGGAAAGGCGAAAUCGCUGGGUUUCGGAGCUGAUUUCAUGGGAUUGUACCAGGAAUCAUGGGAUUUAACCGAGAAGCGUCCUGAGAUCGACUGUAGGACCAACUUUUUGGACCAGCUUCGGUCUCUGGAGGAGGAGCUUCAAGUGGUACCUGUAUGUCCCAUGACCCUGGAGGCGGCCGGCGCGCUCAAGAACGAGCUGUCUGAGGUCAAUCCUAAGGUGAUUAUGGAGAUUUCCUUCGAUGGGCAAUCCGUAGGGCGGAUCGAGUUCGAACUCUUCUGUGGCUGGGCUGAAAGGUUGAAUGACUUGAAGUUUGAAGGCUCAAGUGCAUCGAUAGCGAUGUGGACCGGCCACGGGAGUCGUGCUCGCCAACCAUGCUGGCGUAAACUGCAUGCGGCCUUCCAUGCGGGCGGGAAAUGCAUGCGGCCUACCGUGCUGGCGGUAAAUGCACGAGGACUAUCGAGCAGAAAGGCAACCUGGAUGUGGACGUUCUCGUUAAUCCUGCUGUUCCGUGUGUUCUUCUUCUCUCGCGUUUUCGUUUGUCUCGGUCGCGGAGUGGUAGCGUGCAGUGUCGCUCUGCCGACCCAACGUUUGCCGAAGCGAUUUUGCGGGGGUGGCCCGCCACCAGAAGCGAAAGAGCUCGUAGCUGCAAUCUGCUUGUCGGUUCUGCAAGACGAAAAGCGCGUCACUGCAGUGCUGAACCAAUCUUGGGUGGACACCUGGCACGGCUGGGAAGAGUUAAAGGCGGAUGGGUCGGACACUGUUGCCAGGAACGUCGCAGAGCGUUUGCUGCAGAUCGCUGGCGUCAAUAUGCCCCGAAACAUGAUGACCAAUGCAUGUCGGUUGCAGGAAUUGACUGCUCGCGGCUUGCACCUCAAAGUUGCAUCGUCGCAUGGUGUCAAUAACUGCCUCAUCGAUUCACUUUUGCUGUGCCUCGUUAACAAAGGCUUGACUCCACAAGAAUACACCAUGGCCGAACGCAAAGCGCUAUGUGCCACAUGUCGAGAAGAUUUGUGUGUGCGACACGGGGUCCCCCGUGGUGUGUACCUGGACGGGCACCGGGAUACACCACGACAAGGCUAUCAUUUUGACGCGUUGGUUGGUGCCGUGGCGCAGAGUGGGAACCAACGAAAAUCAUGUGCGAGAGGAAGCCAAGCGCACACAACCGAAGAUGAAGGAUCGAGGCACGAAGACCGAGGCCACAGACCGCCUAGCAUGGAGUUGCAACGAGUUCAUCAGGCCUUGGACGGAUUUUUCCGGUCACGCGGCACUGGCAUCAACGUGAACACGCAAGACGCUCGCGACAUCAUGGAAGCUUGGGAUGAUGCGGAGAGAUGCUCGGUGAAACUGCAUAUGCUAUUGCAGGCGAACACAACGUACAUGGAUGCGGGCAUGCAUGCUGCGCGACGCUUGCUUGGGGAAUGGCGCGCGCACUACGCAACAUACACCCAAGGUCCCGGGCAAAGAUUAGGCGAGUCGAUGAGCGGAAAGGGCGGGAAGAAAGAAGUGGAACCGGCCGCAGAGGCGGAGGCUAUGGAGGUGGAGGAAGCUGUGGCAAGCAAUCGGCAGAAACUAUCGGAAACGGAGGUUACCGACAAGGAUGCAAGCAGCACCGGGAAGAAAGCAGCGGCCAAGAGGCCGCUGGCUGAAGGCCUGGGUUUGCCUCGGAAAAGGUUACGCGGAAAACAGCCGGUGCCCGAACAAGGUCUAGCAAGGAACGAUGUCAAAGGAGAUGAUGCAUUGGAUCACGGCCUUGCACUCGAUGAGUAUAUUUUGCGGACAUGGCACGCUACACACGGAAACCCUGACCCACGAGCCCAGGGUGACAUGGUGUUAGAGGCGUUGGGAAAACAGUUUCGGAAGAAACCCACGUUGCCCCAUUGGAUGGCUAUAGCAACACGAGAUGCGGCUUUCGAUUUGCCGGAUUACAUUUGUUCUUUCGAAGGGUGUAAUUUUGAGUCGGAGCUAGCGGAAGCGUUUGAAGAACAUGUUUGUCAAGAGCAUCGCCGGGCACUGGAACCUUUGGCAUCCAAACCAGCAACCAAGGCAAAGAUGUUGGAAGCAUACCGGGCAGGUUUAACCUGGGCAUGCCAGCAAGAUGCACCCACAGCUCACAUUGCCAUUGAUAGGCGUUGUCUGCGGCAGUAUCGCGACUCGCAAAGCGGUGACAAGAUCGGGGCCGGCAUCUGUUUACUUUGCGCGCGCCGGUUUCCGUAUGCCGACGCCAUGGGCGAGGGCGAUCGCAUACAAUGGAAACAAUUGGCGGGGAAGUCGCAUUUUCUUGGCCUGUCUUUGGAAGAAACAAAACGAUGGCUGAGUUUAGACACGUAUUGGAGCACCUAUGCCAUGCAAUACGGGAGAACAGUCCGAGAACGCUUGCGCGCCGAGUUGCAAGAUUGGUGCGCUGAUGUCGAACUUGAUGGGCAAAAUUUGUCGAUAAUAUGUUGUCCUGAAGACAAAGUCUGCGCAAAGCGCUGCCCCCCUGGUCGGAUCUGCUCGGCGUGCUGGGCGCCAGUAUGCAUGCAUUGCCGGGACAGCUUGCGCGCAAAAGAGGCGUCCAGGCUGGCGUUGGCGAACGACAUGUUAGUUUUUUAUACGCCCCGCAUGAUUUACAAGGAAGAAGUUACUUUCAUGGAAUUAGUGUGCGCCAGCCCGUGUUUUACUGCCAUGGCUUGCUUCAGUUUGGAGAAGAAGUUGCUAGGAGACCGGGCAUUGGAUCAAGAUGCGUUCAUGAAUCGGAACCGUUUGGUUGCCCGAGGGAAUGCCACAACCUUCCCAUUAGCGUGGGAAGAGUUAUUGCAAAACUUGCAAGCAGCAUCUACAGAAGCAGCUGCGGGAGAAAUACGCCUACCAAAAGUUGGGGUCGAAUUGGCUGCGGUAAUCAACGUAAUCAUCAAAGCAGGAGGACCACUGUCCGAACGCGAUGACGCCGCAAAGAUCAUUCACCAAGCUCGCGUGCGGCGGGCCGUCGUGCUGCAGCUGAUUGCCGAUGCGAAGGCCCGGGAACACCCUGCCUACAACUUUCUGAACAUGAACGAAGUAGUGCAGCGUGCCGAACAGCUGCCAGAAGAUGGUGUCCCAGCAGAGAUCGUCGCUUGGUUGCCUCAUGACACAGACUUGGAUAACGUGCAGCGCCAAAAAGCAGCAACGCCAACCCGGGCCAUGUUGUCGGAAGCAGACGUGCAAGCCGAGUUUGCGUACAUGUGCAAGCCGAACGCUGUAGUGAGCGAGCGUACAAGCGGCGGCUUCGCUGAUCCUAAUGCAACGCACGUGGCAGCCUUGCAGGCCGUGGUGCAGACACGCGAGGCGUGCAGAGCUGAAACCACCACGGCGGUGGUUUACACCGGCAAUCGUUUGUUGGAUCAAUUUGAACCGUGGUAUUUCGCGUUUGCCUUUGCUUUUCUCUUCCCGUAUGGAAGUGGAAUGCCGGAUCCGCCAAGCUGGAGUCCCAAACUUCGGCACCGCCGUCCACCGGAUGCUUUGCGUGUCGAGUUCGCAACUUGGAUGCGUUGCAUGGCCCGGCGCUGUGAAUCUCAAAUCAAUCGGGAUUGGACGUUCGGAUUCACGAGUUGGAAUUUGUAUUUCCGGUCGGCAAUCAAUUUGUCUCGGAAUCUGUCCCCAUACAACGCGCCAAUCUUUGAUGAAGCCGAACAAAAAUUUCGUGCCCUGCGUGCCGAAGAAGUUGAAGCCGGCGCCUUGCAAUUACUGAAUGCCUUGAGUGGAACGUAUGCGGAUGUCCGUGGAAACCUUCGACCCGUGAAUGGCGACGUCUCCAAGUUGGCAUACGUUCGAAAUCUGCGCCCCGCCGCGCGCAAGCUGUUGAAAAAUAUGAAGCAUACGGCCCGCAGCUUGCCAGGAACGCAAGAAGCAAGACGCCAAAUGCGUUUUGAAAUUGAAGCGAUGCGGGUCCGCUACGGCGUGCCGUUGUUCAUCACGGUGUCGCCCGAUGAGGCGCACCAGUGGCUCUUCAUUCGCAUGUCGCGAACGCGCGCAUCCGAUCCAGUGCGCAGCGCAUCGGUGUGGCAGGAGUGGUGCUCAGGAGAUCGGCAGUUCCCAUCGCUAGAUGGCGACCUUUGUUUCCCAAUCCAUCUCGAAAAAUUUUGUCGCGCGCUUCCAUCCUGGGAGCAGCGCCGUGCGUUGUUGGCCCGUGAUCCCUUGGCCUCUGUUGAUGGUUUUCACGUUUUACUGCGGUUGCUUUGUCGGCACAUCUUUGGCGUGCGAAUGUGCGAGCACUGCCCUGACUGUGACAUGACUGCAACCCCAUGCAGCGACACGUCUGGCAGCAACGCGAGCCUGUUCGGCGGAGUGUUUGGACGCGUCGAUGCCAUAUACGUCACGAUUGAAGCCCAGAAGUCCACUGGAUCAUUACAUGGGCACAUGCAAUGUUUUGUUCAGUGCUUGCACCAACACACGCCGCUAACAGAAAUUUUCCAGCUUCCGCAUUUGCGAUUAGAAGCGUUGCGGCAAGAAUACUGCAAGUAUCAAGCGCACGUUGCGCAUGCUGUCUACAGCGGCCAAGGCCAGGACAGCAUUCGUGAAGGCAUAGAAGGAGCAGAAAGUACGUGGCCCGAGCACGCGCGGGACGCGCAUAUGACGACAAUCCCAGGAUAUCAGCAGCGACGGGCGCAAGGGGCCAGAGAUCUGACCGAAGCCGAACUGUGGGGGCAAGAGUACCUGGAGCAUGACGUCGUUAAGUUGCAGUAUCUGAAGCAGCAUCAUUACCACCCGCUGAACGUGGAAACUGGCGAACGCAUGCCAUUGCGAGGCUGCCAGAAGAAAGAAAACAUGGGUGUAUGCAAAUCAGACUUUCCACGCGAUCAGUGGCUGUCUGACUCUGCGAAAGUGCUUUGCCCAUGCCAGCUCCAAUCUCAUGGCUUCAGUCUAACGGGUCGUAAGAAUCGGUUAGGGGCCCUUCAUGGUCCGUACGGGCAUCCUUACUUGAAUCCUUGCCAUCCAGCACUUUUAGCUGGGAUGCGAGGUGGGAACAAUGACGUCCAAGUGCCGUACAGGUUGCCGUACGCGUGUGCAACGUGUGGCGACUCGCUUUCGGGCAAAGAGAAACAACUCAUAGCGUUAGCGGCCCAACGUGCCCAAGAUGCGCAAACAGGUUAUUGCAGCGAUUAUUGUUCCAAAAAUCAGCCCAUGGGGUUCCACGAGAUCAAAGAAUUUCAAAAAGGGCACAUCACUUUACAUGCAUCAUUAAAGCAGGCGGACGUGGAUCACAUUGGCAAAAGACAUGCCAACCGGUUUUUAAGUGAUGCCUACUGCAAAGGCCUGGUGCGCGGCCAAGUGGAAUGUUGCAACCUGCGUGCCAACCACAUCGAUGGCUCGAUUGUAGCCGCAGAACGUGUUUCCUCGUGCAACUUUACGAUGUUUCCUGGGCACGUUUAUUUGCAGCUACUGGAAAAGUUGGAAGGAAAAGAGUCCGGGUCCGAUAUAGCAUAUAUUCGAACCCGUAAGGCGCCAGGAUCUGGAGCGCGGCAUGUGCGGGAAGCGGCGACUGGCCAAGCAUAUAGUCAUCGGCCGUCGGACUCCGAGUGCUGGUGGCUGUCCCCAUACGAGUUCACUAUGCACUGGGAACUGGUUCCUGCGCGCAUCCCGCAUUCUCGCGCUGAGUGGGAAGCAGCAAAUUCCGACGCAUGGGAUGUAGCACUUACGCCGGUCGGCGAACAAAAACUGCGAAGUAGCCCGCUGCAGGCUGCUGCCAAAUUGAAGCCCAGCACGGACUACCGGUUGAAAGUAAUUCGUUCCCGCGACCGCGUUUGUUUUGCGUCCACUGCGGCCACUGCAGUGCUUCGACACAACUGGUACCUGCAGCGCCGCGUGCGCCCACGGUGUCCUCAUUUCGCGAAUGCCCCGGUGCCACAGCGCUGGACCGAAAAGGCGGAUCGGAACGCCCGAUUGACGUGCGUUUAUUUUCGCGCAUGGACCUUAGACAUGACGCGGGCAACAUCACAAGUCCCGCACUUAAGUCAGUUGUUGGGACCGCAUGAGACUUGGGAAGAUGCUCUGCGAGAGUGGCUGCUUCGGUUGCCCUGCGCCGAAACAAAGCGCCACGUCGGCAACUUCUUGUCUGUGUAUCGUGUUCGACCCAGCGCGGAAGCAGACGUCAACAGCGACGACGAUGGUGUGGACGAACCGUUUACACUGCGUCCGGCCGAUGUCGCGGCGGCGCUCCGCACGCAAUUCCCGGCUCAGAAAGCGAGCAGCUGCAAAGCCGCAAACGACGACCGGGCAAACCGCAUCGAAUCAGCAAUGAACACAGCAGAUGGACUUUGGCAGGCACCUGCGCUGCCUCACAGACGCCCUGAAGCAAGCACACGGUACUGUGCCUUGGAUCCGAAGGCAAUGCAACAAGCUGCCCGGAAACGAGUCGACGCACGAGCAGUUGCUUCACCCGUACCCAGUUGCGUGGCAGCGCGCCCCUGUCGGGCAUCUGUUGCGGAGGUGCGAACGUGGGCCGCUGCUUUGCCGCAUGCACCAUGCAACGCGGAGCAGCGAGCCUUCUGCGAGCUGGUCGCGGCACGCGUGGAAACAGAACUGGCGGCCAGCACCUCCACCGCAGGGUGUGGCCAUGUGGCGUCAGAACCGCUUCGCUGGGUCUUACAUGGUGGUCCUGGAACAGGAAAAUCUCACACAUUAAAGUUUCUGCGGCAGGAUUUAUUCGAAGACGUGCUCGGCUGGCACCACGGCGUUGACUUCCAGAUCGUCAGUUUUCAAGCUGUUAUGGCUGAACUGCUGGAAGGCGACACAAUACAUCAUGCGCUGGGAUUGGACUGGUCAGGCGACAGAACUCAGAGUUUGGCACGCGCCAUGGAAUGUGCAGGUCGCAGCUUGCAAUGGCGAUGGUUGAUUUUGGAUGAGUUUAGCAUGGUGAGCGCUGAGUUGCUAGCGCAGCUUGAACUUCGGUGCCGCGAGCUCAUGCGGGACCUCAGCCUAGCUAAGUAUGACGGCAACGGGAAAAUCCGACCGUUCGGCGGGUUGAACGUGAUUUUGGCCGGAGAUGUCUACCAACUACCACCACCAAAAGGAACAUUCCUAGGGGACAUCCCAUGGGAUUUGCUUGCCGGACGCAAGAGCACGAGACAGGCCCCGGGACAUCAAGGUCAAACGCUUCUCUGGGGCGAGGCCGCAGCAGGGAUGCAAGGGAUGACAGAACUGGUGCGCUGCGAGCGCACGCAAGACGCUUGGCUGGCUGAGCUCCAAGGAGAACUUCGUCAUGGGCAGCUAUCAGACGAUAACCACAAGUUUCUUCAUGGGAAACCAACUACGGUGCCAGGCAGCUGGAUUGCUGGGCAUGCAACGUGCGAACAACCAGGUUGCGCCGCAUUGCCCACACUAGGUUUACGUCCAGAAGCCAUACAAGAAGCCGAAUGCAGCUACUGCGCCGCUGAUCGGCGUUCUCGCAUACUUGUGGCGCAAGGGGAUGCGGACCCCCGGUUUCAGAACGAAUUUGCUGAUGCAGUUGCAAUUUUCGGCACCAACGACAUCAAAUAUCAUGUCAACAAGCUUCGCGCCAUACAGUGGGCAAAUGCCAGACAAAAGCAAGCAUACUUGUUUGUCGCGCAAGAUGUUGCAUCAUCCGUGGUCGUGCAGGAGAAGCCGAAUUUGACAGCGGAGAAAUUGCAAUGGCUGCAGCGACACGACAAAGAAUGCGGUGGGCUAUACGGCGUGUUGCCGUUGUGCGUCGGCAUGCCUGUCCGUGCAACAGACCACUUGGACCGGAAGCGCGGCAUUCUCAAGGGCACCAAAGGCCUCGUCGUGGGUUGGUCCGAGAUUGCCAAUGAGACGCCUGCACCUGAAGGAGUUGUGUGCAACGCAUUGCCAGCGGUGGUGUAUGUGAAGUUUGACACCGCGACAUCGUGGCAGAUACCAGGUAUGCCAGAUAGCAACGUGUACCCUGUCGGACCCUGCAGACGCGUGUGGUACUUGGACCGGCAACGCAAGAGCCCCAAGCUACGUGUGUCGCGCACGCAAUUUCCACUUGCGCCCCAAUUUGCCAUCACAGCGCAUGUAGCGCAAGGGCAAACCAUCAAAGAAGGCGUGAUGACCGAUCUUUGUAUCGGCCCAAUGGGCAACCCAUUCACGGUUUACGUUGCAAUCACCCGCGUCCAAGGCCGUGGGAAGCUGCUGAUCUUCCGCCCUUUCGACGCCGCGCCAUUCCAAAAGGGAAUCGGUUUGGGCCGGGACCUUCUUCUGCGACACCUCCGCGGCGACGCCAUCAACUGGCAGGCGUUGCUCGCAAAAUAUUGCGAAGAACGCGUGUGUUCAACUUGCGCAGAACGAAAACAAAGCACAGCGUUCACAUCUGGCCAAUGGAAGCGCAGCGACACGGACCGGGUGUGUCGCGAAUGCACAAAACAUUAUGCAGAUGCUGGAACCCCGUGGCAAUGCAACGUGUGCAAGCUGUGGCAUGUCGAGACCAAUUUCCCAGAAAAGCAUCGCCAACGGCAAUGUAGUUUUUUCCGUGUUUGUUUGACAUGCGAAGUCAAGAAGCCAUGUUUCAAAUGCGGGGUUCCCAAGGCAGAGAAAGACUAUGGCCCUGCUGCCUGGAAAGCUCGCCAUGCUGACCGACGCUGUUGCCGUGAGUGCGUCCAGAAGCUGCGGGGGUAUUGGUCUUGCGCCGAAUGUUCAGAGCGAAAACCACACGCAGAGUUUACGGCUUGGCGCGAAAGCCACGAUUACAGUCAAGAUGGCACGCAGUGUUGCAACACGUGCAUCAGUUUAGCCUUGGUGUGUCAAAUUGCCCGUCGCGCGAACGAACGGUUGACACCGCUGCGGCGGCGCGAGAAAAGUCGACGGCAUCAGGCCAUCAUAGACGAAGUGCGCCAAGAAAUUCUGGAAAGGACCAGGCAGAAAACCACGAUUGCGUUCACCCAAGACAUGCAAAGCUGCAAAGACCGAUUGCCAGAUUGCGCCACAGGUUCCGUGCGCCCUGAGGCUGCCACCGCAAGCGCAGCCAGCCACGAGGAACCACGCCCACCAGAGACGGAUGUGACAGCAAAGAACGGCAAACAGAUCCGCCGGUACCAAUGUCCAUUCUGCCAGCAACAAGUGAAAAGCACUGUGGAGACUGGGCAAAUUAAUCACUCGUUUGCGUGCGGAAAAUUUUUCCGUGUCGUUGGCGGCUUUGUCACCGGUCGCAUUCACAAACACGCAUGCCCAACGUGCGCAACAAUCGUUUACUCAGAAAAGGCCGCUGGCCAAAUCAAAGCCAGGCACAGAAACUCUGCCGGACGCACAUGCCGCCGGGAAAGCUGGAACGUGACGGCAACGCUGGACUAA